AAACUGCCAUUGCAACAGAGACAAAUCAAUCCAAAACCUUAUAACAUAAAACGUUAUAUUUCAUUUUCUCCCAUUCUCAGUCGACACAAGUUAAUAUUCGAUCACAUAACCAAAACAAAGAGAAGAAAAAGUAAAAAUGGAGCGAGGUAAAACGACUUCAGAUUCUGUCGUGACGGAAUUUGAAGGGACAAUGCUGCGGAACGAAGAUUCAUUCUCUUACUUCAUGCUCGUUGCCUUCGAAGCAUCUGGUCUAAUUCGUUUCGCCAUCUUGCUGUUUCUUUGGCCUGUAAUCACACUCCUUGACGUUUUCAGCUACAAGAUCGCCUCUAUCAAGCUCAUGACUUUUGUAGCCACGGUUGGUUUACGCGAAUCAGAGAUUCAAUCGGUGGCUAGAGCCGUCCUUCCUAAGUUCUACUUGGAUGACGUAAGCAUGGACACUUGGAAGGUUUACAGCUCGUGCAAGAAGAAGGUUGUGGUGACGAGAAUGCCUCGAGUUAUGGUGGAAAUGUUUGCAAAGGAGCAUCUUAGAGCCGAUGAGGUCAUCGGUUCAGAGCUGAUUGUGAACCGGUUCGGGUUUGUCACCGGUUUGAUACGUGAAACUGAUAUCGAUCAAUCUGUUUUGAGCCGUGUUGCUGAUUUGUUUGGUGAUAGAAAGCCUCAGAUAGGUCUUGCAAGACCGGGCAAGACACUUUCUACAACUUUCUUAUCUUUAUGUGAGGAUCAUAUUCAUGCACCAAUACCAGAGAACUACAACCACCGUAACAAACAAUUUGAGCUACGGCCACUUCCGGUAAUCUUCCACGACGGACGCCUUGUCAAGCGGCCAACUCCAGCCACCGCACUCCUCAUCCUCACAUGGAUCCCAUUAGGAAUCAUUCUCGCCGCCAUCCGGAUCUUUCUUGGAUCCGUCCUCCCAUUAUGGGCCACACCGUACGUCUCCAAGAUAUUCGGUGGCCAGGUCAUCGUCAAAGGCAAGCCUCCUCAGGCACCAACGGCAGGAAACUCCGGUGUUCUCUUCGUGUGCACUCACAGAACCCUAAUGGACCCGGUGGUAUUAUCGUAUGUGCUCGGACGCAGCGUCCCGGCCGUUACUUACUCGAUCUCACGCUUAUCCGAGAUAUUAUCUCCCAUUCCAACCGUUAGAUUGACAAGAGUCCGAGAUGUAGACGCAGCAAAGAUCAAACAACAACUGUCUGAAGGCGAUCUAGUGGUUUGUCCUGAGGGAACCACUUGUCGUGAACCGUUCUUGCUAAGAUUUAGCGGGCUUUUCGCUGAGUUAACGGAUAGGAUUGUACCCGUUGCUAUGAAUUAUAGAGUUGGGUUCUUCCACGCGACCACAGCGAGAGGCUGGAAAGGUUUAGACCCGAUUUUCUUCUUCAUGAACCCGAGACCGGUUUACGAGGUUACUUUCUUGAACCAGCUUCCGGUUGAGGCUACGUGUUCCUCAGGGAAGAGUCCGCAUGACGUGGCGAAUUAUGUUCAGAGGAUCUUAGCGGCUGCGUUAGGGUUCGAAUGCACUAACUUCACGAGGAGAGAUAAGUAUAGGGUCCUUGCUGGAAACGAUGGAACGGUUUCGUAUUUAUCGUUUCUUGACCAGUUGAAGAAGAUAUGAACUAUCUCCCCGUAACUGUUGAAGAAAUGUUUGGGGAUGAAUAUGCAUAGAAACCAUAUAACCGUAACAUUUUAUCAUCUCUUUGCUCUGAUGGAAGUCGGGAGCUCAACUAGAGCGAGAUGUCCAAUCUUUCGUUUAGACAUUGUAAGCUUUAAGAUUGGACCUUCAGAUAUUUAUUUUUAGAAUCCGUUACUUCUCAAAAUGUGUCAUACUAGAUAAAAUUAAACCAAAUAUAUGUUAAAAUUUUCUUUGGUCUAAUAUCAAGU